AUGAAGGGUGUUAUGCGAUUUGGGAAGAAGGGCAAGUUGAGCUCAAGGUACAUUGGUCGGUACAUUAGUCCAUUUGAGAUUCGCCGUCGUGUUGGUGCAGUGGCUUAUGAGUUAGCUUUGCCACAAGACCUAUCAGGUCUUCAUCCGGUAUUUCAUGUUUCCAUGCUGAAGAGGUACCAUUCAGACUGUUCUUAUAUCAUUCGUCGGGACUCCGGAUUGCUUGAUGAGAAUCUCUCUUAUGAGGAAGAGCCUAUAGCGAUCUUGGAUAGUCAAGUGAUAAAGUUGAGGUCAAAAGAGAUAACUUCAGUUAAGGUGCAAUAG